AUUUGAACUCAUUUUUAGUUUCUAAUCGAAAGUAAUUUACAAGAAUUACUAUACAUUUGAAUGAAAAUGUAUUUAAGAAUAAUUAAAUUGUUCUUAAUUUACUUUUCAAUAAGUAUUUGCGAGUCGAUUAAUGAAAAUGACAUCUAUUCUCAUGGCAUGUCUUUUCCCAAAUACGUCUUUUCAACCAUCGAUGCAAUGAAAUUUUUGAAUCGAUUCGGAUAUAUGGAUAAAAUGCCCAAAAAUAAUAGUAUUGAUAUGAGUUCACCCAAAAUGAAAUCAGUUGUUGUGGAUUUCCAGCGAUUCAUGGGAAUUGAAGAGACGGGUUCUUUGGACACGAAGACAAUGGAUAUGAUGAAUGAGCCGCGAUGUGGAGUCGCCGACAAUAUCUCGUCCAGAACUAAACGCAACUACAAAAUGCAUUCAAAGCAUUCAAAGUACUCAAAACGUUAUCGUAGGUAUGCUUUACAGGGAAGCGUUUGGCCCACGAAGAACCUGACCUGGAAAGUGACAAAGUAUUCAAAUCGUGAUAAUCUUCGGGGAAGGGAUCGAGACAUCGACCGCCUUAUGGAAUAUGCAUUGAAUGAAUGGAGUAAAAAUAGUGGACUUAAUUUCGUGCGCGAAACGGGAAAUAAGAAAGCGAUGAUUGAGAUCGGAUGGAAAGUUAUGGAUCACAGCGACGGUAACCCAUUU